AUGGCGCACGCCGCCGCCGCCGCAGCCGCCGUGCCGCUGCGCCGCCCGCUCCUCCUCUUCCUCCGGCCCGCCCGCCUCCUCUCCUCCGUCGCGCCCCCCUCGUCGCCCCUCCGCGCCCACACGCGCGCCCUCCGCCCCCUCGCCCCCCUCCCCUCCGACGGCGAGGACCCGGACGACGCGGACGGCGCGCCCCUCAGGGGCAGCCGCAACGAGAAGAAGCGGGAGGCCCGCCGCGCCGUGAAGUGGGGCAUGGAGCUCGCCAAGUUCUCCCCUCCCCAGAUCAAGCGCAUCGUCAGGGCCGCGUCGCUGGAGCGCGAGGUGGUGGACGCUCUCAUGCUCGUGAAGAAAUUUGGACCCGAUGUGCGCGAAGGAAGGAGGAGGCAGUACAAUUACAUCGGAAGCCUACUCCGUGGUGCACAGCCUGAAUUGAUGGAAGAUCUCAUCCAUUCUUUGAAGAAUGGAGAUGAAAGCAGGAUACAAGCCUUAUUGAGUGAAGUGGCAGACAAGUCAAUGCCGAUUGAAGAUGAGGAAGUGGGGGAGUUACCUCACGAAGAAGAGGGUGAGGAAAAUCAAGAGUAUAUGGAAAUUGCAGAUAGAUGGUUUGAGGGCCUCGUCUGCCAAGACAUUCCAGUUACCAACGAAGUUUAUGCGAUUCAUAAUGUUGAAUUUGAUCGUCAGGAACUACGGAAACUUGUGAGGAUAGUCCAAGAGGUCCAAAAAAGCAUGGGAAAUAAAGAUAGCGGAGAGGGAUCUGAUAAAAAGCUUUCCAGGGCGAAGAAACCACUCAUCAUGUUCCUUCGCUCCCUUGCAAAGAAGACACUUGAAUAG